AACGGUACCUAGGGAAUGCAGGGCAGUCGCCGCCUCCUCCUCGUCCUCCCGCUCUUCCUCCAGAUCGGCAGCUUGGAAGCUUUCUCUUUCGCUCCAGUAAAUUCAGCAAUGAGAUUUGGCUUGUCUUCUUCAAUGCACCAGAUUUCCUUGAUACAGAGAGCAAGGCUGACACUUCGAGGAGGCCAUGGUCUACGAAUGAUGGUCGAUGGUCCUCGUGGGAACAAUGUCCUUUAUGCAAAAAGAGGUCAGCAUGACGGAAUUCUUGGAGAUUGUCCGUACACACACAAGGCGCAGAUGGCAAUGAAGGCCAAGGAUCUGCAGUAUGAAGUUUGCCUGGUAAACCUUUCCGACAAACCCAAGUGGUUCCUCGAGCUCAACCCCAAAGGGACGGUGCCGACGUACGUGACGGCUGAAGGAAAGAUUUUGACGGAGUCUGACGACAUCAUCCAAUGGUGCGACUUGCAAGAGCCAAAGGACUUCAAGAUGUUCCAACGACCUGGAGGAGACGAGGUUUGGAAUGUUGCCAAAGAGGUUUUCCCAGCCUUCGGAGAAUACAUGAAGAACAAGGACGUCUCGCGCAACGACGAGCUCAAGGCCAAACUUGACGCCAAACUUGCUGCACUUGACAGUUUUUUGAAGGGUCGCAAUGGGCCUCUUCUCUUGGGAGAGCAGAUCAGCGCUGAAGACUGCAAAUUGACUCCUCAAUUGUAUCACAUCAGCAUUGCUGUGCCACACUAUGUGAAAUAUGAUGCUCUCGAGAAAUAUGACAAUAUUAAGAAAUACCUCAACUCCGCCAUGCAAACCGACGCUUUCAAGAAAAGUGCGUACACACCAGAAACCGUGAUCUGGGGCUGGUCGAAGUUCUUCUAGAGGGGAUGAACUCUGAUGUGAGGAGUGAAUGUGUAGGGUGGAUGAAGGUAUUUCUUGUGAAGUGCGCACAAGUUGGAAAGCAGAUUGAUUCAUUAAAUCAUAUCCUCGUAG